AGUUAACUUUUCUCUGAGUGAAAAUAUGUGAUAACGAUAAUAGAUUAUAGACAAUAAUUUAUUUGUACACAACAAGAAAUACAUUUAAAUCUUUAGUUUAUCUUUGAAUUUGUGUAACGAUUUAACUUUUAAUUUUUAACGCAUUAUUUGUUCUUCAAAUUUCGAGUGAUUUAUAUUAUAUAUAAAGAUGGAUCAAAUGCUACCUAGCCCAGGUUUUAGUAUACCUAGUAUUGGUACCCCAGUUCAUCAGCCAGAAGAAGAUCAACAAAUAAUGCAAAUGCCUCCUUUACAACCUCAAAGUUUAUCAAUGAGUACAAACAGCCUUCAAUCUCAACAACAAUCCAUGAAUAAAAUAUAUCAGCAAAAUAACAUGGGAUAUGCCACUCCACAUAGUAUGAUGCAUUCUCAAACACCAGUACAUCAAAGUAUGCCUUCUUUAACCUCAAUAAGUUCUUCGUCUUCAGCUAUACCACCUUUGCAGACUAUUCAAAAUCCAGCAACUCCAGCUCCAAUGACUCCAAUGACUCCUGCUUCUGCUGAUCCUGGAAUUGUUCCACAACUGCAAAAUAUUGUAUCUACAGUUAAUUUAGGUUGUAGACUUGAUUUAAAAACAAUUGCCCUACAUGCACGUAAUGCAGAAUUUAAUCCAAAACGAUUUGCUGCAGUAAUCAUGAGAAUUCGGGAACCUCGUACUACAGCAUUAAUUUUUAGUUCUGGAAAGAUGGUAUGUACAGGUGCUAAGAGCGAAGAAGAUUCUAGGCUUGCAGCAAGAAAAUAUGCUAGAAUUAUUCAGAAGCUUAGUUUUCCUGCAAAAUUUUUGGACUUCAAAAUUCAAAAUAUGGUUGGAAGUUGUGAUGUUAAAUUUCCUAUUCGGUUAGAAGGUUUAGUACUCACUCAUGGUCAAUUUAGCAGUUAUGAACCUGAAUUAUUUCCCGGACUAAUAUAUCGUAUGGUUAAACCUCGUAUUGUAUUAUUGAUAUUUGUGUCUGGAAAAGUAGUACUGACAGGCGCUAAAGUCAGACAAGAAAUAUAUGAUGCCUAUGACAACAUAUAUCCAAUACUAAAAAGUUUUAAAAAAAACUAAUGUUAUGGUUUUAAAAAUUAUAUACUGGUACAUAAGACUUCUACUAUUUGACUAUUAAUUAAAAAUUAAUUUUGUUUAUGUAAUUUUUAAGAUUAAAAGUAAUAGUUUAAUUUAUUACUAUUAUUUAAUUUGUAUAGAUGUAUAAUUUUUUGCUAGCUAUUAAUAAAAAAAAACAACAACAA